AUGGGCGAAUAUCCCAAGGGCAUAGAAUUCACUGAAUCACUUCACACUGAUAUGGUUCAAAGAGUCAUCAGCAGCAAAUUUGCACCAGAUACUUUGGUGCACAGCUACAAGAGUUUCAAUGGAUUUGUGGGGAGGCUAACCAAAGAAGAAUCAGAAAGAAUGAAAGGAAUGGAUGAUGUGGUUUCUGUUAUUCCAAAUAGAGUCUACAGUGUCCAAACAUCAAGGUCCUGGAACUUCCUUGGCUUCCCAGAAAAUGUCCAAAGGUCAAAGGUAGAAAGUAACACAAUCGUUGGAGUAAUCGACAGUGGAAUUUGGCCUAAUUCCUCUAGCUUUACCAAUGGAGGCUUUGGUCGACCACCACAGAAAUGGAAGGGAACAUGCCAUAACUUCACUUGCAAUAACAAAAUAAUUGGAGCAAAAUAUUUUCGUCUUGGUGGUGCUUUCGCCGAAGAGGACAUCAUAUCUCCAGCUGAUACGAGUGGUCAUGGGUCUCACUGUGCAUCAACUGCUGCUGGAAACCAUGUUAGCAAUGCAAAUUUGUUAGGGCUUGGCUUAGGAACAGCGAGAGGAGGAGUUCCAUCAGCACGCAUUGCUGUGUAUAAAGUUUGUUGGACAAAUGGUUGUGAAACUGCUGACAUUCUAGCAGGUUUUGAUGCAGCCAUUAUGGAUGGUGUUGAUAUUAUAUCUCUUUCAUUGGGACCUAAAACCGUCAUACGCAUGGAAUAUUUUGAAGAUCCAAUUGCAAUAGGAGCUUUCCAUGCAAUGAAGAGAGGCAUAUUAACUUCGAAAUCUGCAGGCAAUUCGGGUCCAAACCUUUACACGAUGACAAAUUCUGCACCAUGGUUCAUUUCCGUGGCUGCUUCCACUAUAGACAGAAAGUUUUUAACCAAUCUCCUAUUGGGCAAUGGCCAAAUCUUCCAUGGAAUUUCAGUGAAUACAUUUAGUCCAACACAGAAGAGUUACCCUUUAAUUUAUGGGGGAGAUGCACCAGCUGCUGGAUUUAAUAGUUCACUGUCCAGGUCUUGCCUUGACGAUUCUUUGAAUGGAGCUUUGGUGAGAGGGAAAAUUGUUUUGUGUGAUGACAAUAUUUAUACUUCUCCUUCGAAAGUGGGAUUUGCUUCUGGGGCUGCUGCUGUUAUAUUCAGAAGUACAUCACCUUUGGUUGUGGCAGAUGUAUAUGCAUUGCCAGCAAUUCACAUUACUGCAACUGAUGGGAAUUCCGUAUCUUCUUAUUUAAAGUCAAUAAGUAAUCCAGCAGCUACCAUAUUCAAGAGUUACGAAGGAAAAGAUUCAUCAGCCCCUUAUAUUGCUCCUUUCUCAUCAAGAGGUCCAAAUAAAGUCACCCCAAACAUUCUUAAGCCUGAUAUAGCAGCUCCAGGAGUUGACAUCCUGGCUGCAUGGUCUCCGAUUUCUCCUAUUUCUGAUGUUAAAGGAGAGAAAAGAGUAUCAAAUUUGAAUAUAAUAUCUGGAACUUCAAUGGCAUGCCCUCAUGUUACUGCAGCAGCUGCUUACGUCAAAUCAUUUCAUCCCAACUGGUCUCCUGCUGCAAUCAAAUCCGCGUUGAUGACAACUGCUACCCCUAUGAAUCCUGCACGUAAUGUCGAGGCUGAAUUUGCUUACGGAGCGGGGCAAAUCAAUCCUUUGAAGGCAGUAAAUCCUGGACUAGUUUAUGAUGCUGGUGAAAAUGAUUAUGUUAGUUUUCUGUGUGGACAAGGUUAUAGUUCAUCAGCGCUGCGAAUAAUUACAGGAGAUAACAGCACUUGCACAUCAGCAAAUAAAGGGUCUGUUUUCAACCUUAAUCUCCCAUCUUUUGCUCUAUCAACCCCUCGUUCAAGCUACAACAAUGUCACUUUUCGUAGAACUGUUACAAAUGUUGGAUCAGCUACAUCCAAAUAUAGGGCCACGAUAACUGCACAUCCAUCUUCUUUGAAGGUCGAAGUACUGCCAAAUGUUUUGGCCUUCUCAUCGUUGGGUCAGAGGCUGUCUUUUACCCUUAAUAUUGAAGGAAGCAUUAAUGCAGGCUUGGUUUCUUUUUCUUUGAUUUGGGAUGACGGCACUCUUAAGGCAAGGAGCCCCGUUGUUGUUUAUGUUCCAUAA